GACUGUCAUAGAGGGAAGUUUGUAGGUCGCGCCCACUGUAUCGGUGUUAUAUACAGCUGCUUACCUGUAUUUACAUUAUUAAAAGAAAAAUCUCAUAAACAAGAUGGACUUCAACGACAAAGUUGUGAUAAUAACUGGAGCCAGUUCUGGAAUAGGUGCAGCCACAGCAAUUCACUUCUCAAAAUUAUCCGCCAAAUUAGUACUAGUAGCCCGCACAGAGAAGAAUCUUAAAAGGAUAGCCUUGUACUGUGAAAAAGCCAAAGGAAUCGCGGCACAAUCUAUAGUUGCUGACGUCAAGGUCGAAAGUGACGUCGAGAGAAUUAUCAAGGAAACAAUUGAAAAUCACGGAAAAUUAGAUGUUCUUAUUAACAAUGCUGGUGUCGUCGGAAUGGGUGGCAUUAAGAACUCUACUUUAGAAACGUAUGACAAGGUGAUGACGACAAAUAUGAGAGCUGUAUACCAUUUAACACAGUUAGCGGUCCCACAUUUAAUCAGCAGUAAAGGAUGUAUAGUAAACAUUUCUUGCGUUUCUGGUACUAAACCCAGUACGAUGGCAUUAGCCUACAACAUAUCGAAAGCUGCGUUAGACCAUUUCACAAAAUGCGUUGCUUUAGAAUUAGCGCCAGAUGGUGUUAGAGUGAAUUCUGUAAGUCCAGGGUUCGUGAAAACAAAUUUACUAAAAAACAUAGGCUUAAGUGAAGAUCAGCUAGAGUUGUUUGUGAAGAACGUUGUCAGUAACAUUCCUCUCAAGAAAUCCGUUGAAGGCGACGAGGUAGCUGCUCUGAUAGGAUACCUAGCUAGUGACAAAGCUAAAGGCAUUACUGGUUCUAGUUUUGUUUUAGAUGCUGGUACUUUACUACGUUAAACAAUCUGAAACAAGACCGAAAGUGCCUAUUUUGUUAAAGUUUUAAGUGCACAUUAUAUAAAUCAUUGGAAUUUAGUAUUUUUGUUGUCUAUGGCUAUAGAUAAUAGAAACUGUAUAACGUUUAGACAAUAAGUCCAACAUAACUACAUGAAGAUAUUAGCCAUCUAGUCAUAUAUUUUUACAAUUGUGUAGCUAUUUAACAUAUAAGUAUUAUUUUGUUGAUUAUAUUAAUAAAAACUUUGUUUAG